UCCAUUCACAAUUCACAGUUGUUUUUUUCAGUUCGAAUCGUCUGUUUCGCCGCCCGGCGAUUUUGCUGAAGUGCUGAGUUUCUGAAAAAGUGAAGUGAUUGAAUCCGAGUGCGGAAGAAGCGCGAGCAAACACUGAAGCCAAAGCUAAUAUAGCCACCAAAAACAGAAACACCAUAGACCCACCACAAUGAUCAACAUGGAUAUUAGCGUUACGCCCAACUACUCGUACAUCUUCGACUUUGAGAACGACUUCAUACACCAGCGGACGCGCAAAUGGAUGCUGGAGAACUGGACAUGGGUGUUCUACUACUGCGGCAUCUACAUGCUGGUCAUAUUCGGUGGUCAGCACUUUAUGCAAAAUCGGCCGAGAUUUCAACUGCGCGGCCCGCUGAUCAUAUGGAACACAAUGCUGGCCAUGUUUAGUAUUAUGGGUGCUGCUCGAACGGCACCGGAGCUGAUUCACGUGCUGCGUCACUACGGACUCUUUCACUCUGUCUGCGUGCCCAGCUACAUCGAGCAAGAUCGCGUAUGCGGCUUCUGGACCUGGCUUUUUGUACUCAGCAAGCUGCCGGAGCUGGGCGAUACGAUAUUCAUUGUGCUGCGCAAGCAGCCUUUGAUUUUCCUGCACUGGUACCAUCACAUCACCGUGCUGAUCUACUCGUGGUUCAGCUACACGGAAUACACCAGCUCUGCACGCUGGUUCAUCGUGAUGAACUACUGCGUCCACUCCGUGAUGUACAGCUACUACGCUUUGAAGGCAGCUCGCUUCAAUCCGCCCAGAUUCAUUGCCAUGAUCAUCACGUCGCUGCAGCUGACGCAGAUGAUCAUUGGGUGUGCGAUUAAUGUCUGGGCCAAUGGUUUCCUGAAGACGCACGGCACCCAGUCAUGUCACAUUUCGCAGCGCAACAUCAACCUGUCGAUUGCCAUGUACUUCAGCUACUUUGUCCUGUUUGCGCGCUUCUUCUACAAGGCUUACCUGGCGCCCGGUGGCAACAAGAGCCGGCGCAUGGCCGCCUCCCUUGCUGCCCAAAAUGCGGUCAAGCAGUCGCCACCCCAGAUCAGCGAGAGCUCCAAGUUUAUUGCUGGCGCUGGCGAGGAUCAGUCUGCUGCCUAUCUGCGUCGAGCUAAGGCGCAGUAAGGAUGCCGAUGGAACUCCCACAUCACCACACUACACGCACCACACCACACACCAACAACCACUUCCCCCCUGUUAACGGCUAAGGACCUUUAAUUUAUGUAGAGCGGUGUACAAGUUGUUUUUUAAUUUUAAUCCUGAAACACACACACGACCAGUCGGGAGAGAGUUUAAUUUGUAAGCGAAAAGUUUGUAAAAGGGGUCAACCAUAUAUCUGAACAUGUAUAUAAGAAACACACACAGAAAAACACAGACAAACCUGAUGAAAGCUAAACGAAAACCUAGAGCCAGCGUAGAACUGUAGGUGUAGAAGGAGUUCAGGGAUGAACCCAGUCAAAAACGGGGAUUUUAUCUGCUUAAAUAGUUACUGCAUGAGUUUUAGCAUGAGUUCAAUUUAUAGUCACUCUCUUAAGCCUCUACGUACAGUGUGUUUCCCCAGCUGCAGUUCUAUGUCGUUGCAUGUCCCUUUAUGCGUGUGUUGUCAAAGCCCAAAGUCGUUUAUAUAUCAAUAUAUAUAGAUUAUAUAAUUUGCAUAACUAAUGACAGCCGCUUAAGAAUAACAACCAAACUCCUGGGCCUUAUGUUAUGCAAUGUUUGCCUCCUCAGGUAGGAUUUUGUGUUGUUGCCUCCCAAAAGUGUUUAGUUAAAAUUCUCAGCAAGAAGGUAUCAGACUCCUUGGCUCCACUGCUUUUGCGAUUUAUAGUCAGAGAGAGCUUUGUCUUCAGUUUGAAUUGUAGUUUUUGGGGUCUGAGAACUUUCUACUCUAAGUCUAUACGCAUAUAUAUAAAUAUAUAUAUUUAUAAAACCUAUAUUAAUGGAAUAUUAAACGAAAAGUGAAACCAAUAACAACAAGAAACCCUAUAAGUUAGUCUAUUAUUGUUCCAAAAGAUCCAGAGCGCAAAUUGUUAUUUUGUAAAGUAAUAAAUCGUUUUGAAAUCUGUAUAAAUUAACGUAUAACCUUUUGUAAUAGUCGCAUAUUGAUUAUUCCUAUAAAUUCUGCUGUCUGAUGGGAAAAAUAAAGGUAAAGCACCCAGUCAA